AUGGCCGUGGAAGAUGAUGAACAAGCAAAAAUCAGAGUCCUUGCCAUAGAUGGAGGAAGUAUGAAAGGGGUUCUCCCUGGAGUUAUCCUUCAGCGGCUUGCAGCUUCCCUCCAGAAAAGGAACCCAAAUGCAAAAAUAGGAGAGUAUUUUGAUGUGGCUGCUGGGACAAGCACUGGAGGGAUUAUAACUGCAAUUCUUACUGGCCCUGAUCCUCAGAACAAGCAUCGUCCUCCCUAUUCUGCUGAUGAAAUUGUCAAGUUUUACAGAGACCAUGGUCCUUCCGUCUUCAAUGAAGUAUGCUAUAAGGGGAUCUUCUGUCCGAAGUUUAGCAGGACGUAUUUACGGCAAAUAGCGGCCGAGAUGUUGGGUGAAACACUCAUAAACCAGACAACCACAUGUCUUCCUUCGACAUCAAGCUUCUUCAACCAACUAUAUUCUCAAGCUUCAAGGUUGUUGAGAUAUAAAGGAUGUUCCUCGGUUAAACGUCAAACUGUUCAACGCAUGUAUUGGAACAUCAGCAGCACCGUGCGGGUUUCCGCCCUAUAUUUCGAGUACCAAAAUACUGAAUUUAAUCUUGUUGAUGGUCCUUUCAUCGCAUCUAUGCCGGCAAGGCUUGCGGUCAGUGAGGUGUUCCGACAAGAAGAAUACAAGAAUAGAGAAAUCAUUUUGCUACCCUUAGGAACUGGAAAUUAUACUUGA